UGGAUAAUCAAUGAAGGUAAACGUGUCUUAAAAAAUACAAAAGUUAUAGGUAAGUGGAAGGACGAAAAUGGAGGAGAUCGUGCUAUUGGCUAUGCUGGAGUUCGCACAAAAUGCUAUAGUGUUAUAUGUGAAAAUUCACGAAAAAAUAUGAUAAAAGCAAAGGGUCUUAAAAAAGCACUUAUCAAGAGAGAGCUCACUCAUAAAAUAUUCGAAGACUGUGUUUUAGAGGGAAAAGAGGAUCAACCACGAACCGCACAAUUCCUCCGAA